AUGUCUUCCGAUGAAAACAUGAACGAGAACAUUUCCUCACUCUUGACAAUGAAAGUUAUCAUUCAUGUGCAGUUGUUCUAUGCUGAUAACAUCCAAUCAGAAGCUUUGACAGUAACACGUAAACGUCCAACAAUUUGUUAUUGGAGUUCAGAGAAGAUUAGAUAUCGAGAGGCAUUUGAACAAGAAAAAGGUAGAUUUGGACUUGGAGAAAUAAAUGAAGAAUUUUUUGACGAACAAGAUGAAGGAGAUACAGAUCUCAAAGACAAUGAUUAUGAUAAAGAUGAAGAUCAUUCUAUUGAGGCAUAUGAAUCAAAAAUAUCAAAAAUGAUUAAUAGUUUUGAGAGAUUGAAGGAAAAACUAAAUUCAAAGCUUAAUGAUGCGAUGAAAGAGUUCCCUGAAAAGGAAAGCUUUAGAAUUUUAAAGGAAAAAAUCACAAAUAUGAUUGUUGAAGAAAAAACUAAAAGCACAACACUUUUUAAUUUCCCAAGUAAUGAAACUGGAGUUGAAGGAAUCAAUUUGACACCAAUAACGGAUAAUGAAGCAAUAAAGAAUGAUGCAGAUAAGAAUAAAAAAGAAGGUGAAAUUGGAGUAAAAGAGAAAGAUGGAGAGAGGAAUGAAAAUAAGAAUGAUGAAGAGGAAAAAGAUGAUCAUGAUAAGGAAAUAAAUAAUCAUGAGGAGACUAUUCAACAAACUGAAAAUGACAAUUUGUUGGAUAAAGUUGUUGACAACAUUCUGGACAAUGUCCUUGGAAUUGAAAUUUCAAGUUUAAAUAGUCAAGAAAAUGAAAUCUGGAAUCACCCUGAAAUGAAAACUAUUUUCGAUAAUAUUGAUGUAGGGUCACCAAUGAGUACAAGUAAAACUGAUACUCUUGCAGAAAAGGAAAAAUCAGAAGGUGUACAUGAACAAGGAACAAAAGUUGAAAAAACAAAGGGAGAUGAUACAUGCAAAAAAAACUCUGGAGAUAGAAAUAAAGGAGGAACAGAAGCUAAGAAGACGAAAGAUGGAGGUGAAGAAAAACAUACAGAAACUGAGAAAGGAAAUGCAGAAGAUAAAAGAAAGAAAAAGUUAGAAAAUAAAAACAAGAAAGGAGAAAAAGCUGACAAGACAAAUGGAAAUAAAGGAUAUACUCAUCCAAUCUUUAGUCUAGGUCUCAGUCAAGAUUCAGAUCAAACUUCAAGUAAAAAAUCUAAUGAAUCUUCACCAAAAAAACCACUUACAAAGAAACAAAUUAAAGACGGCCAUCAGAAGGUUGUUAUCAGAUUAGCAAAGAAAAAUGUUCUUAAUCCAAAUCCAAUCUCUGUAUCAAUUCCUACUGAAGCAGGACCAUCAAAGCAUGAUCUGGAUAAACCAAGAGAGAAGAAGCUUGCUGAUGCUUUCAAAUGCAGAAUAACAGACACAAAACCCAAACUGACACAUCAGGAGAGUAUUGUCUGUGAAUGGUUGUUCAACUUACAAGGCAAUACAUCAGAUGUGGUUGUCCAGACAAAAUAUGGUCAGAUGAAAAAAAGAGCAAUUAUGGAAAGUCUAUAUGCAAACACAGAGAUUUUUGGAGAAGUUUUAGACACUUGGUCUGAUUUACUUAACCACCAAGAACUGAAAAGGGAUUUUGGAAAUUCACCAUACAGACUCUUCUUGAAAGUUGGAGUUUGUAUUGCUUAUAACUUCAACAUUGUCUAA